GAGCGCGUGCGCUGUGACUGGUUUGGGGCCAGAGUGGGCGGGGCGCGGAGGUCCGCCUAUAAAGUAGUCGCGGCGCCGUGGUCCCGCUUUGCGGCGUAGUCUCCUGCAGCGUUGGGGGUCUGUCUCGCAAUACUCGGAAGCAGGACCCCAGCGUGGCCUAGCAGGUCAUGGCGAUGAAGGCCGUGUGCGUGUUGAAGGGCGACAGCCCAGUGCAGGGCACCAUCAAUUUCGAGCAGAAGGAAAGCAAUGGACCAGUGAAGGUGUGGGGAAGCAUUACAGGAUUGACUGAAGGCCUGCAUGGAUUCCAUGUUCAUCAGUUUGGAGAUAAUACACAAGGCUGUACCAGUGCAGGUCCUCACUUUAAUCCUCUAUCCAGACAACAUGGUGGGCCAAAGGAUGAAGAGAGGCAUGUUGGAGACCUGGGCAAUGUGACUGCUGGCAAAGAUGGUGUGGCCAAUGUGUCUUUUGAAGAUGCUGUGAUCUCACUCUCAGGAGACCAUUCCAUCAUUGGCCGCACAUUGGUGGUCCAUGAAAAAGCAGAUGACUUGGGCAAAGGUGGAAAUGAAGAAAGUACAAAGACAGGAAACGCUGGAAGUCGUCUGGCUUGUGGUGUAAUUGGGAUCGCCCAAUAAACAUUCCCUUGGAUGUAGUCUGAGGCCCAUUAACUCAUCUGUUAUCCUGCUACCUGUAGAAAUGUAUCUUGAUAAACAUUAAACACUGUCAUCUUAAAAGUGUAAUUGUGUGACUUUUGCUUAGUACCUGUAAUGAGAAACUGGUUUAUGAUCACUUGGAAGAUUUGUAUAGUUUUAUAAAACUCAAUUAAAAUGUCUGUUUCAAUGACCUGUAUUUUGCCAGACUUAAUCACAGAUGGGUAUUAAACUUGUCAGAAUUUCUUCAAUUCUCAUUCAAGCCUGUGAAUAAAAACCCUGUAUGGCACUCAUUUUGAGCCUAUUAAAAGAAUCCAAGUUCAAA